AUGAUGAAGAAGAAGAAACAGAGCAUAUCCCAAUCUUCUAUCAAGAAAAAUCUUGAACCAUCUCCAGAUUCUUCACCUUCACCUUCACCUAGGCUCCUCUCUCUUUUCCGUUCUAAGUUGGGAAGUGGUAAAGACCUGAAGCAUAUGUUAAGAGGCAUGAGAACUAAAACCAUGCCUGGAUUGUCUUCUCAGUCUAGAAUCGUGAGAUGUCCCAAUUGUCAGAAGCUUCUCCAGGAACCUUUAGAUGCAACUUCGUACAAAUGUGGUGGAUGCGAAUCCAUUCUUCAUGCAAAACGAUUGGAACAGAAAGGCAAUGAUAAAACUAUUCCCUUGGCUCUCCUCUCUUCUGAAAACCGCAGUUUAAUAACCAAAGAAGAUUCUGCAGAAAGUGGAAGUCAAACUCCAAGGUCAUCGCCUUCUGUUGAAAAGGGUUAUCAUCACUCGGAAACCGUUUACAAGCAUGAGACAUCCGAUAUCCGCAGAGAAUGGAUGAGAAAGGCUGAUGAUUUCAGUGAUUCUGAUGUGUUUGACUCAGCAAGAAGCUCUCCUUAUAACUCACGCAGCAAUGCCUCCGAGUGGACGACACAACAUGAAGGGAGAUACGAAGAUCCGUCUCGGUUUCCGUUAUAUCAAGCAAGUCCUUCUCCUUCUUCUGCAUAUGAAUAUGGCUACAGCAAUAGUCCUUUUCACGGGUCUCAAGCUUCUGCAUCAGAGCAGUCUUAUUAUCACCAUCAACAACCAAACCAAUUCAAGCAAUACGGAAGAGAAGGCUGGUUCCAAGAACCGGUUCGUUUUCAAGGUGAGACAUCUCGUGAAAAGUACAAUCACUGGCCUUCUCAGGCUCAGCUGAAUGACCUUCAGUAUCGUAAUCUUUACGAAUCCAAUAGCUCUGCAACAACACCGCAUCGCUCUGUCUACUCUGAGUGUAGUUAUCAAGCAGCUGCCGCGCCAAAUGGCUCCACAUACUCUGAGAAGAGCUCUCUCAGGAACAAGAAAAAGUAUGUCAAGCCUGUGGUGAAGCGCUAUGUUCUUCCUUCAGCGGGAGGAGCGCCUUUUGUGACUUGUUCUUACUGUUUGGAACUUCUAGAGCUUCCUCAGGUGUCUCUCCAGGGCAAACAGAAGAGAUAUCAAGUGAGGUGUGGCAGUUGUUCCGGUGUGAUUAAGUUUCCUGUUGGAGACAAAGCAGAUACUGUCCUCGAUUCACCUGGCUUAGCUGAUGAGACUAUUCAUCAGGAUUCUGCUUCAGAUGGUCAUGAAGAGAUUUAUCCGGAUGAUAGUCAUCUGUCAAGUUCAGACAACGGCUCCGGAGAUAGGAUCUGCAAAGGCACUGAUAUAUCAAGUGGGACUAUUGUAGAGACUUCAAGGAAUCAUCUAGAGAAAUCUGAGGAAGCUCAUUCAGAGAAGUCAACAGAGAUGGAUGGUAACAUUUUUGAAAGAGUUGGUUGCAGUUUAGAGGAGUUUGGAUAUGAGAAGAAUGAUAUUCUCAAGCCAGAAGAGAUAUUUGGAGAUGGAUCAGUUGAGUCCUUAGAGGUUCCACUAUACAAUAGUACUUCAAGUAUAGAAGCUGGGACAGUUUCAGAACCUCUAAACAAGAAUGAAUACGUCUGUGAAACACGCGUACUGUCUGAGAAAACCAAAGACACUCAAGAGUUUAAUUGGGAGGAGACUCAAGGAAAUGAAGCACAUGGAGGUGAAAUCUCAUGGGAAGAGAUCACGAGAGACAAGCCGGAGUUGCAUUUGGAGAAAUCUCUGUCCAUCAGUGAUUCCAUUUGUGACAGUAGCUCCAGCAAUGGUGAAACAUUUGAGGAUAGAGCGGUCAAGGAAUAUACAGAGCACAUAUCAAGCACAUUUUCAGCUACACCACAAUCUCCCCUGACAUCUUUGGUGAACGAGAAGCAGAUGUUUAUAGGACAUCCUGACCAAUCAGGUGAGGCUACAUUCACAAUAUCCAGGAUUCAGGAGGAGCAGUCCAAGUAUGAGUAUGAGAACUCAAGUGAAGGAAAAUAUUUGGAUAAAACCAUUAGUGACAGAGUCAGGUAUGAGUUAGCGGAGGAGCCUAGAUAUGAGACAAAUGAAACAAUCAUAGAAGGAACUGUUGUGUCUCUCGGAAAGGAACUCAAAACAAUCAUAGAAGGCGAUACAGGGGAAGAAAGAUCUGUAACUCAUCAAAUGGAUCCUCAAGACGAGGUCGUAGCAAAUUCCAAUGAAACAGUGGAACCAGUUUAUCCAGAAGGAAGCGGGUAUGCGGGUGAAAGAACAUGGGCAGAGACAGUGGGAGACAGAGCGGGGUUGCAUUUGGAGGAAUAUGAAAGCAACUAUGAGAAUCACUACAGCAAACCACUUGAAUGGACUUCAACAAGAGCUUUAACAUUUCGUCUCCAUGAGAAUGAGCUAGGGACAACGGCUGAACCAGACGGGGAUGCGAAUGCAAGAUCCAUAUCCAGAUCAACAGAUUCCUUCACUGACCAUGAAAGUUCAAAAGAGAUAGCUGUGCCUCAUGGGGAGGAGCCUCAGCUGGUGAAUGAUUACAGAACCGAAGCGUUGGUGGAAAAUGGACCAUUGCUGCAGUUGGAGAAGUGGGAAAACGAAUCGAUGAAAUUGGAAGAGACGUUUGAAUGGACUUCAGGAAGAGCUUUAACAUUCCGUCUCCAUGAGAAUGAGCCAGGGACAGUGCUUGAACAAGAUGAGAAUGAUGAUGGAAGAUCAGGACAAAGCUCAAGGGGAUCAUUCAAUGAACAUGAAAGAGCGAUGAAUCAUGAGGAGGAGCUUCAGCUAGUGAAUAAUUAUGAAACCAGAGCCCUAAAAGUGGGAGUAAUGGCGGGAGAUGGACAUUCACUGCACUAUCUUGAUGACACAAUCGAGCAAGAGAGCAUGAUGUUUCAUUUUGAAAUGUCUCAAGAUAAGCAAGAAACUCCAAGGCAGAUCUUUAAACAAGCAUCUGGUUCAAGUUUAUCUUCAGAGGACAAUGAAUCUCCAAGCAAAAAGGCAGAAGUAGAUAGUGAAGCUGACGAGGAGAUAUUGGAAGAGCAUUUCCAGAACGAGAAUGAGAAAACAGGGCUAACCUCUGAAGCAUAUGCUCACAUCUACAGCACAACAGAGCCAUCUGAGAUUGUAGGUCUGCGUCACGCGUUAUACCAAACGCAAACUUCACCUCUACGGUCACCUCUCACUUCACCGAUUCAUACACCCAUUGGUUCUCCACUGCAUUACCUGAUGGGUUCACCAAUGCAAUCUUACAUAGUUUCACCACUGCGUUCUCCCAUCAACUCAUCUGGGUCCCUCUCUGAUGUAUUGUUCUUCGGCAAGAGAGGCUGA